AAGGUCGUCGUCCUGCUGAAAGCGACCGGGGACGCGCCCAUACUGAAGCAGAACAAGUUCAAGGUGAACGCGUCGGAUCCGUUCGCCAAGGUGGUGCAGUUUCUCUCCGCGCAGCUCGGGCGGAAGCGCGUGUUCGUGUACUUGAACUCCGCGUUCACGCCGUCGUACGACGAGUCCGUCGCGAACUUGUACGCGUGGCACGGCGUCGAGGGGAAGCUCGUGGUGAACUACGCGCUGCAGCAGGCGUGGGGUUGA